AGGUGUGCUGUCCACUUCUAAUGUGACACUUGCACUUGGACUCGAGCAUGAUUCUCACCAUCACCCUCAGUUCUUCCCCUGCACAUUUUCCCGUCGGGUCCAACGGCUUGCCCUGGGACGCAGCUACAGUUCAUUUCUAAAUUCUUUUGGAAAUGAUGUUUCGCAAAUCUGCUUUUUACGAAGCAACGUUUAGCUUUGCAUGUUUUACGUGGGGAAUAUCCUGAUUUUAACGACAUUACUCUGGAGCUGGAAGUUGAUUUAUCGGAGCUAAAAGAAAACUUUGCAAACUUGCCGUUUAUCCACUGGCCCGAUUGACCUGUUUGGUGAAAAAUAAUUUGAUUUUGCACUGAAAAUGCCCCUGUGCUCCAUCAAAAAAACACCAUUUUUUAGAAUGGAAUAAAACAGCCUUGUUGUGCUCUGUUGACACCUUUGUGUCUAACCCAUUGGCUGUGCUAGUUCAUCUACACCCUGUCACAUGUUUGCUGUGGCAGCAGCAUGUUCUCUAUCUGUGUCCUUUCAGCCCACUUGGGUAAUUUCAAACGUAUUGAUUCCCAGACCCUGACACAGCUGGUUGCCAUGUCUGAAGAGCAUGUGCUUGGCGUUUAACAGCCCAAGGUUAUUUAAAGGGAUGUGCUAACUUUGCCCUUUUCACUGCCCCAAUAAGUUCCAUCUGCUUCGCUGGGUUUUUUGUGCGUGGUGUGGAUGCUCGAUGUUGGCCAAUCGAUGGCCAACAUGCAGCCGCGUUUGUCUUGCUUUUUGUGUCUUGUUGUACUGUAUGUUUGAACAGGGUUGUACUGAUGUGCACUGUCUCCUGGGACUCUCUCUGCCUCGCCCCCUGACCCCCCCAGGGGCAGCCAUGUCGCAGUUCUCCACCAUGACGACCAGGGAGAGGAAAAUGCAGGCGGCAGCAAUCUGCAGGGAGGUUCAAGCCCAGGAAGAUACAGAGAUGGAUCUUGGGAAGAAAAUGAACGUGCCUAAGGACAUCAUGCUGGAGGAGCUGUCUCUCGCCUCAAACCGGGGCUCCCGUCUCUUCAAAAUGCGCCAGAGACGCUCUGAAAAAUACACAUUUGAGAGCGUCAGGAAUGAAAAUAACAAGCAGCUCAAUAGCAUGGCGUUUUCUCAAACCGAGAGUGGGAACCCCGCCGACAGCCACAGCGGCGAGAGCGACCAGCCACCGAAAGUGCCGUCCGACACACCAGACACAAGAAUGGUGCCAGAUCCCGACAGUAUUGCCCCGGGGUACGGAGGUCCACUGAAAGACGUCCCUCCAGAGAAGUUCAACAGUACGGCCGUGCCAAAGUCCUACUUCUCACCCUGGGAGCAGGCCAUCAGCAGGGACCCUGCCUUAGCUGGCUCUUUCAUCACCUGCAUGCCUGAGCCAGAGCCCCAACCGGACCUACCGGGGUACAAAAGUUUCAACAGGGUGGCAACCCCGUUCCGUGGCUUCGGCAAGGCACCCAGAUCUGCAACCAUCAAUCUACCCCAGGUAGAUGCCCUCCCCGACUUCCCCGAGCUCCGGGGGGACGCUGCAGUAGAUCGACCCUCCUUCAACAGAGCCGCACUGGGAUGGGUGACGGUGGGCGGUCCAGUCCCCCUCUCUGCCGUUACCCUUGAGCAUGCACUCAUCCCUGAGUCAGAAGACCUUUGAACCCAUAAUGAAGUCACACAGAGAUGCUGUCAACUUAGUCGAGGCACCCAAGGUUAUGGUGGGCGGGGAGGCGUUUUCAGUCAAGAGCAGAGUCAGGGUGGGAGAAGGCGUCCUGCUGGACGUUGCUGGUUGAAGUUAUCAUGUAUGCAGCAUCCCCUGGUUUUCCAUGGAUGUUAGCUAUUGCAUUGCACUCAAAAAUGAAUUAAACAUGUGUUAAUGUACAUUGGCAGCGACACUACUGGGAUUAAUAGAAUUUGUUGUAUAUUAAUGUGCAUAAGAGUAUUUAAGCUUGCAGACACGAUUUUUGCACAAUAAAAAGGUGUGUAAUGCAACAUAAA